AACAUAUUACAUACCGCAGCGCACUAUGUGAAAAUGUACCUUAAGCCAAUAAUCUUUACCGUUAUUCUUACUGACUAAUAAUCAGUCAAUCAAAACUAGCUGCUUUCGCCUUCCGCUGUAUUUUUAUGGCUAAUCCAUUUGCUGAGACAAUCUUGGAAGGAUUUAUCUGUCCAAAAUGUAUGCUUACAUUCGGAACACCUGAUUUACUGAGCCAUCAUUUCAUAUUAGAACAUCAGAACUCUGGUAUUGCAGAAAGCGAAGAAAAUGUAUCAAUAACGCAGUCAGUCCUUAGACCACAAUUCGAGUUACAAAAUUCGUUCGCUUUUUAUGAUCGAAAAGAUGAUAAUCAGCCAGUCGGCACCUGUCAUUCCCUAACUUCGAAGUUCUUGGAAUUGCGUAAAUGUCAUGUUAACCGUAGUUCAGCGGAAACAAAUAGUUUGUUAAUACGUCUAGAGAAAUUAAUUGAAGUGGCUGACGCACAUGAAAGUGAUAGAAAGGCAUUUGAACAAACAAUUGUACCAUGGAUUAAUGCAAAAGUGGACCUUUGUCCAUCCUGUGGCAAAGCAUUUGGUUUAGGAACUGAAAUGGCUUAUCCCGAUGAAGAUGACGAUUGCUUGGAUUCUUCACAAAACACGUCGAAUAGCAUUUCUAAAUAUUGGCUAAGCAAAACGAAUGUAACACGCCUAACAAACGCCAUUUUGGACUACAAUCCUAUCUAUCGUCGAAGACAUCACUGUCGUCUGUGUGGAUCCAUUUUGUGUGCCGACUGCAGUUAUUUCAUUUCUGUAAAUAAAGCUCGCAGUCUUCUAAAUGCUCUGAAUGGACAAGAUCUAGAUAUAUUUCCAGGUUCUGUGAACACAACUGACACAGGUAACGAAUCUGAUCGUUGUCUCGAGUCGGAAAAUAUGUUUCGGCCUGGGAAUAUUCGUUUCGCUGCUGGAGAUUAUGAACUGCGUGUAUGUUCUGUCUGUAAAGCAGUUCUUGAGAAAAAGAUCAAUAGUUUGAGGAAUACAUCAGUCACUACUCCAAUUAUUCAAAUGCAUAUAGAGUUCAAAGAAUUAAUGCAAAAAGUCUGUGAAUGGCUCCCUUCGUACAGUAUAAUUGCUGAAAGUCUUAACUCCGGUGAACAAAAGUAUGCACUUGAGUCAGCAAGAUCUAUGCAUUCUGAUCUGUUACAAGCACUGCAGAAAAUUGAAUUACUCGGGAGACAAUUCUCAAAAUUUAGUGAACCAGAUUCAGAAUUUUAUGUCAACAGAGCAUUGGCACGCUUAGCAUUAUCAGUUUCUCGAAGAGCUAAACAUUUUGUUCAGAAUUACCUUCCACCUUUACGAACUCUUCCCACCCUCAAGCAAUAUGAUAGUCUUACUUCACAACGCAAAGAUGAACUGUCGGCUAGGUGGCUAGAAGAAGACAGAGCUCUUGCAGAACUGAUGGAACGCGUAAACCCAAGUAAACCGAACGGUACAGAUAUCAGUUCAGGUAUAAAUACAACAACUACAAAACUUUGGAAAAGAUUAUUCCAACAACCUAAUUCACCUUCUAAUCCUAAGGGGGCGGUAAGCCUUCAAAAGAAGAAAACUACAAUUCAGUCUUUGAGUGAUAUAGCAAAAGAAAUAGAUCAAGUUGCUGCCCAGCUGAUGAUUGCACGUAAAGAAGGGCGAUUAGGAACUGCAGAUGAACUAGCAAGAAAACUUGACCAACUUGAACAAGAAUUUCAAUAUGUCAGUAAUAACCUUGAUGAUGAUAGUGAACUGUUCACAACAACCUAGCUGUACAUAUUUAAAAAAAACAGUCUGUUAACCAAAAUCACUUUUUCCAGAUCUGAUUAAUUUAUUACACUUAAUAAUUUUUAACUUCAAUAUAUGUCAUAUUUUUACGAAUAAUAUAUUUCUUCAUUUACAAUAUUUGGGAUAGCAAAAUGAAAUUAUACAAAUCCAAAACUUUUUGUUUCAAUUGCCUGUAACAGUUUACUUCUUAAGAUGUGUCUUGAUGAAUACAGUGG